AUGCCUCCCUCAUUGCAGAACGAAUUAUUCUCUAAAUGGUCCUCGGCAUUUGAUUCAGCAAGACAUAAGCUUCUUGCUAUUAAACGACAAGAAGGUUUUGAGGAAGUAAAACGAAAGGGAAUCACUAUUGACAAAGAAGUAUCACGUAGACUCUAUCUUGAAUUCUGUGAAGGAGAACCAAAAGUUUCGGUUAAUCACCGUUUGAUCGACGGAAAAAUCGAAGCUUACGAAAUGCCUCUCGACCCUCACUCAGCGGUACACGGAGGAUUGGCUUGUAUAAUGGGGAGUUGGAGUGAUCGGUUGCGAGUCCAUGUUGAAAUGGAUAUUAUUGUGGCAGUCAAUUCAUCAAGAAAUCCAUAUCCUAGUCUGGUGUUUGAGAUUGGCAAUACUGAAAGUUUAAACAGUUUACACGAAUUGGCAGAAAAAUAUUUUUCUCAACGGACAACUAUCCAAAUUUAUUUAGCUAUCAAAUUGUACCCACCUCGCCAGAACAAUACUUUUGCGCUUCUUGCGGUGCUUUACUUACGCAAUAAUCAAAAUCCCACAACACCUGUAGUUGUUAAAUCAUUCGGAACAGCACCUCUCUCUAAUUAUUCACGAAUAUAUCUUCAAACCAUCCCUACCAACUUACUUUUUAACGAUGUUCCCGGCGGUGUUCCUGAUGGCGUACCUAAUAACUUUAUAGUAGAUCUAUGGAGUUUACAAGAUGCAAUUCUGAAUAAUUAG